AGGACCGCGCUGUGGCGGUGGCUGACCUGCCGCAGGGAGGAUGCUGGGAAGGCGGAGGACCGGUGGGAGGACCGCGCUGUGGCGGUGGCUGAGGCGGGCAGCGAUGGCUCGCAAUGCGGAGAAGCAGUUGGGGCGGCUGAACCGGCUGUGGCUGCACCGGGAGAGAGAGGAGGGUCGCCUGAGAGAACCGCAUCAAAACAGGCCCAGGCUGACUUCGUUAAAUACGGCUGCUGAAGUGAAAAGAUGGAUUCCAAGCAUCAAGGCUGAGAUUGAAUAUUACCUGCAGCAAUCCCAGCUAUCCCAUUACUCAGAGAGGAAGAUAAAGGAGUUCCAGGAUCACAUCGAAGGUCUUCGGAAAGAGUACCAAAGCUAUUUGUGGAAAGUGCGCCAUUUGGAUCCUUCCAACAAGGAGCACCCCUGGAAACCCCGUGCAUACACACGGAAGAGGCCAGACAAGGAGAGGAAGCAGCCAGCCAGCCAGUUGGAUGAGUCGGGUGCCGUGAAAAGAUUGCGUACACCUCUACUAUCGGACAACACAGAAGACGGGAGUCUGCAAGACCAUUCGGGUGAAGAUGAGGAGGAGAGUGGAAGGAGAUGGAGGAGCCCAGUGAUACAGGAUACAGGGAUAUUGUACGACUGUUCAACAGUCAGUCCUGAACUUCAGGACCAACCACUGACUUUUGACAAGGCGUCAUUGAGAUUUUCAAUGUCCUUGGUUUCAAACAGUACUCAGGGAGAACACUCGCAUCAAAUGAGUACAAUUCUUCGGUCGCAGCUCCCGAAUUUACGACGGAUUUUACCUCCCUGUGGAACAGCAACAGGUUUGAACAGCCGAGAACAAGAGCCGCACACAUCGAAGGCCGGAAAAAGUCCUCCAAAGACUGCUUUGCAGACUAAAAGUUCUGAAAUUUUGGGAUUGUCGUGCUACUAUUCUUCAGACGACGACACAUAAAGUCACAAAGCGCAUAAGCAGUUCCCGAUCACAGCUCCAAAUGCUUUGCUCCUUUGUGUUGGGGAACUGCACUGAACUUUGAUGGUCACACCCUCAGUCUCAAACGAGACACAAAAUUAUCAUUGGCUUUCGGUGUUUGUUGAAAUUGAGCCAAAUUGUCAAAUCCUGCAUUUUUGAAUGGCAUUUUGUUAUGGAAUACUGAUUGCCAAAUUGACUUUAUAUUGACUUUUAUAUAAAAUGAUGAUAUCGAUGUAA